CCCCAGCGCCUCAGCCCCGCGGCGGGGAGGAAGGAGACCCCGGCGCCUUCGUAACAACAGAGGGAGAGAACGCGGGAGGGAACCGGGGCCACCGCCGACCCAAAACUGCCCGGGAGGCCGGGCCGGCGGUGCCCGCGGAUAACGGGGUGACCUCCCAGCCCCCCGCGCGCCUUCUCAUUUGCAUAUUUUUACCUUUGCGCCCGGGAGCGGCCAAUCAGCGGGCGCCGGGCGCCGCUCACCUGCUGCGGCCGCGCCCGCCCGCCCGCCCGCCCGCUCGCUCUCUCGCUGGCUGGGCGGGCUUGUGCUGCGCGGCUUGUGCUGCGCGGCGGCUCCGCGGCGGCACGAUGGUGUGCGGGGGCUUCGCCUGCUCCAGGAACUGCCUCUGCGCCCUCAACCUGCUCUAUACGCUGGUAAGCCUGCUGCUGAUUGGAAUUGCGGCAUGGGGAAUCGGCUUCGGCCUCAUCUCUAGUUUCAGAGUUGUUGGAGUGGCAAUUGCAGUAGGAAUCUUCCUCUUCCUUAUUGCCUUAGUCGGAUUGAUCGGUGCGGUGAAGCAUCAUCAAGUAUUGUUAUUCUUUUACAUGAUUAUUCUUUUGCUAGUCUUUAUUGUCCAGUUUUCUGUCUCCUGUGCCUGUUUGGCACUAAACAAGGAACAGCAGAGUCAACUUCUAGAGGUGGGAUGGAAUAACACUAACAGCGCGAGAACAGAUAUUGAGAGAAAUCUGAAUUGUUGUGGAUUCAGAGUUUUUGACCCAAAUGAAACCUGCUCCUCUGAUUGUUUUAGAAGCCGCCAGUGUCAACCAUGUGCACCAAUAAUAGAAGAAUAUUCUGGAAUGGUGCUGAGAUUUGUUGGAGGCAUAGGACUCUUCUUCAGUUUCACAGAGAUUCUGGGAGUCUGGCUGACAUAUAGAUAUAGGAACCAAAAGGAUCCCCGUGCAAAUCCUAGUGCAUUUCUUUGAUAAGUUCAUAAAUGACUGAAUCUUCUCUCUAUACCCUCUACUUCAAAAUACCGAUUCUCCAUAGUUCGGUAUUUCUCCGUAAUAGGGAUUCUACAUGUACCAAAAGAAAACUUUAAUGUCCAUAAGAAAUUUGUCGUUUUCAUAUUUAAUUUCCCACUAUUUUUAUUCUAAGAAUCUCUAUCUUGAAGUAGACUGGUGCAUUUGGUAGCUGGACAGAGUCAGACCAAUGCUCUGAGCUGGUUAAAUAACUCUGUUAAGACUUUGGUAAUUGAUGUGGUGAACUCUCUACAGUGAGUUUUACAGCACUACUGACUUCUUCAAAAAAAUACGAAAGUAUUUUCUGCUGUAUUAAUUGAUUACAAAAAUCACAUGAUUUCUCAUUAAAAUG